AUGUUUUGGGUUUACUUAUUACCUAUAUUGUGCAUUGCUAUGCAAGUUGUUUGUGAGGCUACAACAGUGGGUUCACCUUUAAAAUCAAACAAAAAAAACGAAGUCGGAAUCAUUCCUGAAGAAGAAAAUAUCUUAAGCUAAUUUUUUGAUGGAAACAGAGAUCCUGGAUAAUCUUCAUUCAUCUCUCAAAUAUUCAAUAACUUCUCUUUGAAUUUCGGAUUUUUUAACUAAUAAGAAGCUAAGUAAGAUUUUGCUUGUCUAAAAUAAGAUGGCUCCACUGAUAUGCAAUAAAUGGUUGGUUAUAUACUUAUUUCUAUAGUACCCAUCGCAGGUUUGUCUCUAUAUUUCUUAAUGUCUCUCAAGAAAAAUCUGUCAAUUAAGCUCUCUGUAGGCAGAUAAGUGAGUAACUUAACAGGAAUAGUUACUAAAAUUAAAAUUCCAUACUUUUUGAGGACUCCAAUUUAUAAAUCAUUUUCCAGACUUUACAAUGUAAUUGAAGAAGACAUAGUCAAGGAACUAGCUGAUUUUAAGACUUUUAAUGAAUUUUUCACACGUCAAAUCAAGCAAAGAAACAUAGAUCCAAAUCCUAAAAUUAUAGUUAGUCCAGCUGACUCUCUAUGUUUGAAUAUUUCUGAAAUUCAAGGAGACGAAAAUCUUCUAGUAAAAGGAAUUAAUUACAAGCUAGGAGAAUUUUUGACAGGAGUUAAAAAUUACAAGCUCCAAGACGAGGCCUUUUAAUCCAUGAAAAUAAAUCCAAACAAGAGUUAAUCUAAAAUUUAUUAAGCAAUUUUCUAUUUAAAUCCAGGUGACUACCAUAGAUAUCACUCCUGCGCUGACAUUACCUUUACAAAAAGAAACCACAUUGUUGGAUAUUUAGCUCCAGUUAAAGUAUCCUACAUUUCAAAACAUGAGGGUGUCUACGAAAACAAUGAGAGGGUUGCAUUAUUUGGAGAGUACAAUCAAGGUUUCUUUUCAAUGGUUUUUGUUGGUGCUACUAAUGUCGGUUCUAUGACUGUUAAUUUUGAUUAAGAUGUUAAAACUAACUAACCUCUUGACAACAAAUUUGAACAAAAGCUCACCAAACAUUACAAUAUAGAAAAUUGUAAUUAAGAGAUUCUUGAAAAUGAAAAAUAAGCCUGUGAUAAAAGAUAUGAGCGUUUACAAAACGGAUUUAAAGUACCAAAAGGAGAAGAAAUAGGUUAAUUUAAUAUGGGUUCAACAGUUGUUAUAUUCUUUGAAGCUUAAGGUAAUCCUAAGCUAUUGAUCUAAAAAGGAUAAAAAGUUCGUAUGGGAUAACCUAUUGUUUAGCUUGAAUGA